CCCAGUCAGUGGUGGGUCAACCAGAGCUAGUUUGGGGCUGGCUUAGAUCUGGACUGAUUGGAUUAUAUGGAGCGUUGAUGAGACCUCAGUAGAAAGAGACUAAACUUGUAGGCUGCACAUCAAAAUUUGAAGGAGAAAUUGUGCCUGACUAGUCAGGGGAGGUGCAUUUACCCUGCCAAGGACACUGCAGAACUAAGAAAUAUCAAGAUUUAAAGCAUAAAUACCUUGGAACACUCAGAAGAGCAGCAUGGGAGACACUGAGAAAAGAAUUGAAACUCAUAGAAUAAGAUGUCUUUCCAAGUUGAAGAUGUUUCUGUUGGCAAUAACAUGUGCGUAUGUAUCCAAAACACUAUCCGGAUCUUAUAUGAAUUCCAUGCUCACACAAAUAGAGAGACAAUUCAACAUCCCAACAUCGCUAGUUGGAUUUAUUAAUGGAAGCUUUGAGAUUGGAAAUCUUUUAUUGAUUAUAUUUGUGAGUUAUUUUGGAACUAAACUGCAUAGACCUAUAAUGAUUGGUGUCGGAUGUGUGGUUAUGGGCCUUGGGUGUUUCUUACAAUCACUACCUCAUUUCCUCAUGGACCGAUAUGAAUAUGAAUCUACAGUUUCAGUUUCUGGUAAUUUGUCCUCAAACAGUUUCUUGUGUAUGGACAACGGAACCCAGAUUUUCAAACCAACAGAAGAUCCAUCAGAAUGUGUGAAGGAAGUUAAAUCAUUAAUGUGGGUGUAUGUACUAGUUGGAAAUAUUAUACGUGGAAUUGGUGAAACUCCCAUCAUGCCUUUGGGUAUUUCCUACAUAGAGGAUUUUGCCAAAUCUGAAAACUCUCCUUUAUAUAUUGGGUUUAUAGAAACAGGAGCCAUCAUUGGUCCUUUGAUUGGACUUUCGUUAGCGUCAUUCUGUGCAAAUGUUUAUGUUGACACUGGAUCGGUGAACACAGAUGAUCUGACCAUAACUCCCACUGAUACUCGUUGGGUUGGUGCAUGGUGGUUUGGCUUUUUGGUUUGUGCAGGAGUGAAUGUGCUUACUUCAAUUCCUUUUUUCGUUUUGCCCAAAACGCUUCCAAAGGAAGGACUAGAGGAUAUUGCGGAGACUGUUAAAAAAGACAAAGAAGAGAAACAAAGCGAAGUCAGGAAGAAAAGGGUUGGAAUCACUAAAGAUUUUUUACCAUUCAUGAAAAGUCUUUUGUGCAACCCAGUUUACAUGCUUUUCAUACUAGUAAGUGUGCUGCAAUUCAAUGCAUUUGUCAAUAUGAUCUCCUUCAUGCCUAAAUAUCUGGAACAGCACUAUGGAAAAUCAGCUUCAGAUGCAAUCUUUCUCAUUGGUAUUUAUAACUUACCUCCAAUAUGCAUUGGAUAUAUAGUUGGUGGUUUAAUUAUGAAGAAGUUCAAGAUUACUGUCAUACAAGCUGCCCACAUAGGAUGUUGGUUAUCUUUAACUGAGUAUCUUCUCUAUUUUUUGUGUUUUCUCAUGAUCUGUGAUAAUUCUUCAGUUGCUGGCAUGACCACCUCUUAUGAAGGAGUGCAACAAGAUUUACAUGUGGGAAAUGUCAUCCUUGCUGACUGCAACAUGGAUUGUAACUGUCCAACUAAAAUAUGGGACCCUGUAUGUGGAAACGAUGGUUUGUCAUACAUGUCAGCUUGUCUUGCAGGUUGUGAGACAUCCUCUGGAACAGGAAUAAACAUGGUGUUCCAAAAUUGUAGCUGCAUUCAAACACCAGGAAAUUCAUCUGCAGUUCUUGGGCUAUGUGACAAGGGACAGGAAUGUUCCAUGAUGCUCCAGUACUUUUUAAUCUUGUCAGUGUUCAGCAGUUUCAUCUAUUCUUUAUCUGCCAUCCCUGGAUAUAUGGUUCUCCUGAGGUGUAUCAAGCCUGAAGAGAAGUCUCUUGGUGUGGGAUUACAUGCAUUUUGCACAAGGGUAUUAGCUGGAAUUCCCGCACCUAUAUAUUUUGGAGCUUUAGUGGACUCCACAUGUUUACACUGGGGUACUUUGAAAUGUGGUGAGUCAGGGGCAUGUAGGAUAUAUGAUUCCACCAACUUCAGAUACAUCUACCUUGGGUUGCCAGCAGCACUAAGAGGAUCAAGCUAUAUUCCAGCCUUUUUAAUCCUCAUUAUUUUGAGGAAGUAUCGUCUACCAGAGGAAAAUGCCUCUUCAGAAACUAUGCUUGAGGCCAAGUUUACAGGGAAGGAAAAUGAGGGCAAAGAGAUGGACCAAAAUUCCAAAGUUUUGAAUGAUGAUGAAUUGAAAACUAAACUAUAAUGCUCUUUUAUAUCAUGCUUCGCAGAAUUGGAGAACACACUACAACUUAAUUGUUUUUAAAAUCAA